AUGUCUCUCUUGCAAGCCGUUGAAAGAUCGCUUCCCAGAUCAUUCAGAUCUCUUCACACGUCGCUGGUGGCUCUUGCCGGUCACUCAAAGUGGCAGAACAUCCGCCAUGAUAAAGCCAAAAAUGACGCCAAAAAGUCUAAAGAAGCCUAUGCAAUGGCUACAAGAAUCACCACUAGUGUCAAGACAGGUGGUGUUGAAGGUAAUGCACAGCUUUUAACGUUAAUGGAGAAGGCCAAAAAGUUGAAUGUGACCAAAAAAAUCAUCGAAAAUGCCAUCAAAAGAGGUACAGGCGAGCUCUCCAACGAUGGAGCCCAGACUUCCGAGGUCACCUACGAGUUCAUGGGCCCUGGUGGCGUGGCAUUCAUUGUGGAGGCCAACACAGACAACAAAAACCGUACGGUUGGGUUGGUCAAGCAUGCCAUGUCCAAGUUCAGUGCAUCCAUGAGUCCAUGUCAGUACAUGUUUCAACGUAAAGGAGAGAUUAUUUUCGCUCCACUCACAGAGACCGAGGAACUCGACGACGUGUUGGAGGUGGCCAUUGACAUUGGGGCUGAAGAUGUCGAGGAUUUCAAGGAUGUGGAAGAGGAAUAUAAUGGCGAAAAGCUCUUUCGUAUCAUCACUGAUCCAUCUGAGUUGAACUUGGUAUCGAAUAACUUGUCUGCCAAGGGAUACAAGUUGAGGGACUCCAAGACGGUGUUUAUUGCCGAUGCAGACACUGAGGUUGACUAUCCUGAGGAUCAAGAGAAGUCAUUGAGUAAGUGUUUGGAGCUUCUUGACGAGAUCAGUGAAGUGACAAACUAUUAUUCCAACAUCCGCGAUUAG